CUUAAGAGUAGUAGUACACUGGUUGUUAAUGUGGAGGGAGAGGUACAUCUGGAGUAGUGGGAGUAAGCCUAUUUCUGACGGCAGCGAAAGGGUUAACUGUAGUCAUAGAAGCUGACUUAGUUAUAUCUGAGAGGUAAGAGCAGACAAACCGCUUUUAUUGUUAUGCUGAAUUACCUAAUGCAGCUUAUUCGAAACAUAAAAUCAAACUUUGGAAAGCUUGAAGUCGUCUUUAAAGGACUUUUAUUAUCUUAAACUGCACAGUGACUUCAAUUUUGAGGUAGCCAAGUUAGUUUACUUAUAGGAAGGUGGAGGAACUUGCCCGACGUUGACAUUUACCAAGAUGUCAGAACCAGGCGAUGAGAAGACCCAUCAUACGAAAACUUCUCAUACCACUUCAGGUGGGAGCUCUUCAGUUUUGGAGCAUCCUCCAACCAAUGAGAAUGGGGAAACGGAGCGUGACGAUAGGGGGCGAUGCAGAGAUGGUCAGCAAGCAGACGGCAACGCUGUCACUAUGAAGCAAAUGCAAGGAGAGCAGCUGGAGGUGUGUCCUGGACUUGUGGCUCGAGACGCACACCCCAUGUGUCCGGCAGCAGCUCAGCCGUGUCAGGAGCCCGCUGGAGAUGGAGCAGGGGAGGACGGGCUUGUCGCUCACGGUAACAGUGGAGACCGACCGAGAGAAGAGACCCUGAGUCAGGUGCAGGGCGAGAGUGGCAGCCACAUUAAGAGACUGAACUCGGGUUGCCCGGGCGGUAAGAUCCAGCCUUCGUCUGAUACACGUCUAGGCAAGAAGAAACACCGCCGACGACCAUCUAAGAAGAAGAGGCGUUGGAAGCCCUAUUUCAAAUUGUCAUGGGAGGAGAAGAAGGCCCUUGACGAGCGUGAGACUGCACGGGCAUCCCGCAUGCGAGCUGAGAUGUUUGCAAAGGGACUGCCCGUAGCCCCGUACAAUACCACGCAGUUCCUAAUGGAAGAGCAUGACCGCGAGGAACCGGACUUAAACACCGAGCUUGGGGGCAGGCGAAUCAUGGGUGCUUGCCGCUCGGAAGAUACUGCCAGUGAAGAGGACUAUUUCGAGCCCGAGGAGGAAGAGGAUGGCAGCGGUGGUGGUAGUGACGGCAUGGGGCGACCAGGGAACGCCGGCGGGGAGUUUCUUCAGAGGGACUUCUCUGAGACCUACGAGAAGUAUCAUGUCGAAAGCCUUCAGAACAUGACCAAGGCAGAGUUGGUGCGGGAAUACCUGGAGUUAGAAAAGUGCAUGUCGCGCUUAGAGGAGGAGAACAACCGGCUCCGCUGUAUCGGGAGAUGCCCAGACACCAGCGCGGAAAGCCCGGUAGCUCAGCCUGACGCAUCGCGUCUCAGAGAGCUGGAGGUUGAACUUGAAAGACUGAGAGCGCAGAACAGCGAGCUCCGUCUGCAGAACCAGUUGUACAGAGAACGGGGGCAGACCGUCUCUAACGUGGGCAGUUCAUAUGGACAGACACAACGGGAGAGUGAAUAAAAGACACUCAGUAAUUUUUCAUUCAGGAGCUGGCAAUGUAAGUUUUUUUUUUCCUUAUGUGACUUCUGUUUUAUCUUAAUUGGUUUGACAACUCAUUGGACGUUCCCCUGUUCCGCUACAAUGUUUAUUAAUCUCUCAUUUGUGUAUCGUUGAGACUUUACAUUUUCUGUUAAGAACAUAGCUAGAAUACAAUCACCUGUAUAAUAAAUUCCAUUGAUUAAUGAACUUAAAAACGGGGAUCGUUUUGUUUUGUUUUUAUCGUGUCCCUCUUUCAUGCCACAUGUUAAAACUAUUCAGCGCGAAAGCAAAUGACCACCAGGCUAGGUUUGACCGAAGUUGGAUCUAAUUCUUCUUGGGCAAAGCCCAGUAUGUCAGCUUUUGGAAAAACUGUAUGUUCUUACUGAAUGUGUAAAUAUAUAAAUAUAUGAAAUUGA